UUUUUUAAUAACUCAACAUUUCAACUUUAGCUUUCCACUUCAAGAGAAUGGCUAGUCUACUAUGGCUUGCUCACUUUCUCUGCUUCCUUUUGUUUCACUUGCAUUUCCAAGCUGCUUCUUCUUCACCUUUUUAUUUCAAUUCCUCCUCUCCAGCCAUGCCGUGUCAACAUGACCAGAGUCUUGCCUUGCUCCAAUUCAAGAAAACCUUUUUCAUUAAAAGUGCUCCUUCUACCUGGGAUUCCCCUUACCCCAAGCCUUAUCCUAAGACAGAGUCUUGGAAGGAGGACACAGAUUGCUGCUUGUGGGAUGGGGUCACUUGCAACAUAGAUACGGAUUUAACAUUUUUGCAAGUAUUUCGGGUUUCGCAUAAUCGACUUGAAGGACCCAUACCUGAAGGAAAGCAGUUCAACACAUUUGAUAACACUUCAUAUGAAGGAAAUUUGGGAUUGUGUGGAUUUCCGCUAGAAAAAUGUGAUAAUGGGGAGAGGCAAAAACCAACAGGAUCAAAAGAAGAUGAUUCCGAAUCUAAAAUUGGAUUUGGGUGGAAACCUGUAUUGGCAGGGUAUGGAUGUGGAGUAAUAUUUGGUGUUGUAAUGGGAUAUAUUGUGUUUAAAACAAGAAAACCUACAUGGUUUGUGAGGAUGGUUGAAGGUGAAAGGCAUCGAAGGAUAAAAAGAUUCAACAAUUAAAAUUGUUCAUAAAGGAGAAACUUUUCAACGCAACUGAUGUUUACAGAUGAAGAGCAUCUAAGAAGACGCAAAAUUGUUGCCAAAUGAAAUGAAGAUACAGUCUCUGAUGCAUAGCGCAUAUGAAUGCAAGAGCAAAUUUAUAGCACAAUUGUUCUAUCAUGUCUAAAUUUAUCAUGUUAUGGUUCUCUGUUUGUCUCUGUUUUUUCUUUAGGUAUUAAAGUUUUCUUUGAUGAAGAAAUUUUUUGUAUUUCUAAAGUUCUGAGUUGAUGUAACAGUUCAUUUUAAUUUAAAUUUCAUGUUUGGGUUGAGUUUCAUUUC